CUAAACUUGAUUGAAACCAAGUGCAGUAAACUUAUGCAGGACAACAGUGCAGUCACAUUUAGUGCAAUUCACGGGAAGAUUCAAGACAUGAUGAGACACUGCCAAAUCUACAAACAAGAUUUACAUAACAGAAUUAAAUCAAUGAUUAAGUCAAUUCAAGCCUGUGAAAAAGAUAUAAGUGCUCUGACAGACCUUCUGCAAGCUCAUGAUGAGUCUCCAUUUAACGAAAAUGACCUUAUGAAGUGGAUCACAGUGAAAGAUGAAGAAUCAAACUCAGUUAAAAAGUUUGUUCAACAACUGUGUGACUCUGGAGCUGAAGUGAAUAAUAACCUGGAUACGUUUUUGUCAGAUAUUAAAGUAAAGAAUCUGGUGUGCUACACAUUUAGUUCUCUUGACCUGCCAGACGACUUGCUUUCUGAUCAAGAACAUUUCCUGAAACCUUCAAUAAUGAGGAGAAACUCUGAGAAGAAACCUUAUGCAGUGUCUCAAACAUGGUUCACAGGAAGCAUCAGAGAGAAAAUGAGAGAACAUUUGGAAAUAUUUCAAAAGCUGAUGUUUUUACAUGUUGAUGUAGAGUCUGUAAAAUUUUUGGUCUCCUCAAAAGAGCACACAAUCCAUCCAGGUUCCUGUAUUCUCCUUUAUGAAAAUGGAUCUGAUGAAGCCACAUGUUUCAGUCCUCCAUUAAAACCAGCUUGUCCGGUCACUGAACAGAUCAGUGGUCACAGUGUGGUUUUGAAGGUGCCUUCAACAUGUCCUGCAACAGAAGAGCUCAGGUUACUGUACAAAAUGAAGGAAGAGAAAGAAUGGAAAUCUCAGUCUGUGCUACAGAGUCAUGACACAGUUACUCUGAAAGAUCUCAGUCCAGACACUGAGUAUGAGAUGAAAUACACAGCCGUGGGGAAGCUGAACUACACCGUAGACAGUGAUGUCAUCCACCUCACAGUCAUAGACAAGAAACUCAUCGAUGCCACAGAGUCUGUCUUAGAAGAACUAAACUUGAUUGAAACCAAGUGCAGUAAACUUAUGCAGGACAACAGUGCAGUCACAUUUAUUGCAAUUCACGGGAAGAUUCAAGACAUGAUGAGACACUGCCAAAUCUACAAACAAGAUUUACAUAAGAGAAUUAAAUCAAUGAUUAAGUCAAUUCAAGCCUGUGAAAAAGAUAUAAGUGCUCUGAAAGACCUUCUGCAAGCUCAUGAUGAGUCUCCAUUUAACAAAAACGACCUUAUGAAGUGGAUCACAGUGAAAGAGGAAGAAUCAAACUCAGUUAAAAUGUUUGUUCAACAACUGUGUGACUCUGGAGCUGAAGUGAAUAAUAACCUGGAUACGUUUUUGUCAGAUAUUAAAGUAAAGAAUCUGGUGUGCUACACAUUUAGUUCUCUUGACCUGCCAGACGACUUGCUUUCUGAUCAAGAACAUUUCCUGAACCCCUCAAUAAUGAGGAGAAACUCUGAGAAGAAACCUUACGCAGUGUCUCAAACAUGGUUCACAGGAAGCAUCAGAGAGAAAAUGAGAGAACAUUUGGAAAUAUUUCAAAAGCUGAUGUUUUUACAUGGUGAUGUAGAGUCUGUAAAAUUUUUGGUCUCCUCAAAAGAGCACAAAAUCCAUCCAGGUUCCUGUAUUCUCCUUUAUGAAAAUGGAUCUGAUGAAGCCACAUGUUUAAGUCCUCCAUUAAAACCAGCUUGUCCGGUCAUUGAACAGAUCAGUGGUCACAGUGUGGUUUUGAAGGUGCCUUCAACAUGUCCUGCAACAGAAGAGCUCAGGUUACUGUACAAAAUGAAGGAAGAGAAAGAAUGGAAAUCUCAGUCUGUGCUACAGAGUCAUGACACAGUUACUCUGACAGAUCUCAGUCCAGACACUGAGUAUGAGAUGAAAUACACAGCCGUGGGGAAGCUGAACUACACUGUGGACAGUGAUGUCAGCAGAGUUACUAUGCACACAAUCAGUGUCAGAGAGGACAGUACAAGGAACACAAUAUUUAACAAGGGGGUAAAAGUGUUCUCCAUUUUGACUGGAAAGACAGAUAAAUUGCACAAACAAAUUAUUAGCACUAUGCAAACCCAAAUUGAGGAUCUGAGGGAAGUGCGCACAGUGGACGAGAGUGACAUUAUUUUGGUUUUCUGCCCUAUUGUUUCUCGAGCUGGAACUGACAUUGAUGUAGCACUGAAACAUUUCAGUAACUAUACAGACUUUAAACUGGCUGUUCUAGUGGUGCUUCAUCACACGUUUGACCCAGAGAAAGUGGUCCCAGACAGCAGCAAAUGUGUCAACAGGACAGACAUACUCACAGUGGACUAUCUGUUCUAUGAUGAUACAGGAAUACUGAAGUGUCAGAAGAAUUCAGAUUCCACUAACAAAGUUUUGAACUGGCUAAUACAGCAGGGGAAGAAAAGAGGUGUCAAAAUAUGUCCACGUGAAAACAAAUUUCCCAGCAUUACUCUUUUAAACUGGAAGUUGCCUUGGUCACUGUGAGGACAAUGACAUGACGAGGGUCGAUACACAUCUGUCAGUCUGUCUGCCUUUUGCUUGGUUCAAUGCUUCAUGUUUGUUUUACACAAACACAAAUGUAAUUCAUUUGUUUAACAAAUUAUUAUUUGUUAAAAAAUAUGAUUAAUGGUGUUUUUUCUUAAUUGCAUGUGUGGAAGAACUGACUUCAAGGAGGGCAACACACACUCUCCAUCUAUAGCAGGGAUUUUUUCCCCCAUUCUUUCUUAAAUAAAGUAAAAUAUAAAAAGUUGCUGGUGAAGUCAAGCUGGGAGAAACAAACCAAUGCUUAGUGUUCUGAAUGACACAGAGACAAAUGUAAUUAAUUUGUUAUUUGUACUCUCUUUUAUUCAAAUAAUUUUGGCAAAUGAUUAAUGUUAAGUGUGCAAAUAAAAAAAUAGUCUGAUUAUAAUAAUUGAAACCAUUUAUGUGAUAUGAAUAAGUUAAAGUAACUGUCCACUCUGAAGCUGUCAUGUUUACUGAUGAAUUAUUUCAGUUUCUGAACCUCUGACUGAAAAAAAAAAAUUAUAUAAAACAUUAUUAAAUAUAUACAAAAUAUGAUGUAUAAUUGAAAUUUCUCUCUCUCUCUCUCUUUCUUUUUUUUUUUUUUUUUUUUGGAUAAUUGUGACUUUGGAUUUUCAUUUACAUUUUUUUCCCAUCUAGAGAGGAAAGCUGUAGAGUUACUUUACAUCUUUUGUAGAUGCUUGCUAACUUAGAUAAACGUACAUAUAUGGUAAAUUUAUAAUAAAAGAGAAAAUGAAAAUAAUACAAUACAGACUGAAAAUAAUACAAAAAUUGUUGAAAAUAACGAACAAUGUAGUGGACUUUUUAAGUCUGAGCAAUUGUACCAUUCAAAUCUCUGGUAGGUGGAGUCAUCUUUUGGUAGGUGUCUCAAAACCUUAAUCAAUGGUCAAAAAAUUCCCAGAAGUAUCCAAAUUGUUGAUGGUAGAGAUUUUAAAAUAGAAGAGGGUAUGUUACAUUGUUGCUUGGAUACUACGCUACAUUUUUAUUGUUUAAAUAUAAAGGUAUUUUAAAAGUUGACUGUAAAUGAUGCAUUAUUGUGUGGUCAAAUAUGUUCAACACAGUGCAAUUUUUAUAGUUGAGUAAACUAUUUAAGCACACCUGAAGAUGGAAACAGUCACCAAAAUGAAAACUCCACAGCACACUGAUAUAUACAACCUGUAUUUAUGAAUUAGUGCAGAUAUCAGUACAUAAAUGAUUUAAUGUCUCAUUUCAGCUAUACAAGUGAUCUGCUCAUUCAACUCAUUUCUCCAUCUCCAUCUCCAUCAUCAUCAUCAUCAUCAUCAUCCUCAUCAUACAAACUCAGUGCUUUGCUGAAGAUUGAAACCCUUUUGAUAAACAUGCACAGCUGUUGCAUAGAAAUCACCUCUAUAUUCUCUUUCAUGCAACUUAAUAGUGUUUUUCUUUAAUUUCAUGUGUGAAACAAUUGACUUCAAAUAAACGAGGGAAACCCA